AUGUCUGCCAAGAUCGAAAACGUCACGGAUAAGUCCUUCGACUAUGUCAUCAUCGGCGGCGGUACCGCCGGCCUUACCCUAGCUGCCCGUCUGAGCGAGGACCCAUCCAAGACAGUAUGCGUCUUGGAGGCGGGAGAUCCCAACAUCAACGACCCGGCCAUUUUGGCACCUGCUGCAUAUGCAUCGCAGUUUGGCAACAAGCAAUAUGAUUGGAAUUUUGCGACGACAAAGCAGAAGUUCUGUUCUGACAGAAUCUUUCCAUGGUCUCGGGGGCGCGGCCUUGGCGGCUCAUCUGGUAUCAACUUCUAUCAAUGGGCCAAGCCUCCAGCUGAGGAGAUCGACGACUGGGAAAGCCUCGGUAACCCAGGUUGGAACUGGAAGAAUUUCCAGAAGUAUGUGCAAAGGGCCGAACGCUUCGUAGAGCCAGCCGCCGAACUCCGCGAAAAGUUUAAGAUACCGCUGCACGAAGGAGACCUUGGCACUAAAGGUACCCUACCAAUUUCGUUCCCGAGGACUUUUAGUGAAGCCGAAACCUACUUUAUGCAGACUGCCAAGAACGCCGGUAUCUCGACUGCGCCACGCCCAUACGGUGGCAACCCAAACGGAUUUUUCUGGAUGAUCAACUCCCUUGAUCAACAAACCUCGACGCGCUCGUACGCCUGCACAGCGUACUACAUGCCUAAUCGUGACCGUCCGAACUUGACCGUCCUCACUGGUGCACACGUGGCGAGGAUCGUCUCAGACGAGGGCACGGACGGAAAUUUGACCAUCACUGGCGUCGAGUUCCUGCAUGGCGAGAAAGGUCACGUGGUGUAUGUGAAGAAGGAAGCGAUUAUCUGUGCUGGGGCGCUGAAGUCUCCGCAGAUUCUUGAGCUAUCGGGAAUCGGCAACAGGUCCGUGCUCGAAAAGGUGGGGGUCGAGGUCAAGGUCGACCUUCCAGGCUUAGGCGAGAACAUGCAGGAGCACAUCUUCGGCGCCUUCUCCUGGGAGCUCAAGCCCGAGCACGACUUCCUCGGCUUCAACGAGCUUUUGAACCCCAUUGGGCUCGCACAGCAUAAAGCACUCUACAAGAACCUUAAGGGCGCACUCACGAUGGGCAUCGUCAGCUUCUCGUAUAGUCCGCUCGAAACAGUCGCUGGCACCUCGCGUGCGCAAGAGAUCUACGAGCGCGCUCGUGCGCAAGUCGACACGCUCGACCCAGCACGUACUCCUACUGGCCUGCGUGAGCAGUACGCGAUCCUGCUGGCGCGCCUCCGCCCUGGCGUGCUCCCCGCGGGUCCCGGGUGUGAGGUCACCGGCGUGACCACCACCGCGUUCGGGGUGUCCGUGGAAGAGGGUCGGUCAUACUUUUCGUGGUCAUACAGCAUGAACCAUCCGCUAUCGCGGGGGCACGUCCACAUCACGUCGGCCGACCCGAUGGUCGAUCCCGAGCUCGAUCCACACUACUUUGAGCACGAAACUGACCUCGACGUGUUCAUGGAGGCCGCCAAGUUCGCGCGCAAUCUGGUGCAGCAUGCGCCAUUGAAGGACAUGGUCGCGAGGGAGGUCGCACCCGGGCCGUCUGUGCAGACUGACGAGCAGCUCAUGCAAUACGUAAAGGAGACGUGCUCGACGUCGUGGCACACGUGUGGUACCUGCUCGAUGAUGCCGCGCGACAAGGGCGGCGUCGUCGACCACGAGCUCAGAGUGUACGGUACGAACAAUCUCAGGGUCGUCGACCUGUCAAUUGCCCCACUGCACGUUGCCUCUCACACACAGUCUGUUGUGUAUGCGAUAGCUGAGCAAGCGGCAGACAUCAUCAAGGGCACGUUCGAGCGUUAG